CGCCAGGGCUGGGGACCCGCGCGACAGCCAGGGUGCGAGAGUCCGGCCUCCGGGCAGGGCUGGCCCGGCAGAAGUCCGGAGGAAGCCGAGCCGGGGCGGGGGCGUCACGUCCUGCCGGCCCCCAGUCACCUCGGGAGGCGCCCAGGGCUCCACCGCGGGGCCACGAUGCCCGCGCUGCACAUCGAGGAUUUGCCCGAGAAGGAAAAGCUGAAGAUGGAAGUGGAGCAACUUCGAAAGGAGGUCAAGUUGCAGAGACAGCAGGUGUCUAAAUGUUCGGAAGAAAUAAAGAACUAUAUUGAAGAACGUUCUGGGGAGGAUCCCCUGGUGAAGGGAAUUCCAGAAGACAAGAAUCCCUUUAAAGAAAAAGGCAGCUGCGUUAUUUCAUAAAUAACACCCGGGAGAAACUCUAUCCUCAACAGCAGAGCUCAACUAUUUCAGUUUGCCCAAGUAAACGCUACAUAUCUUUUAAGGAAGAAGAAACUAAUCUUACCGGAGACUCCCCACUGUGUACGUGGGGUGAUGCGUAAAAGCGCAUCUGCUUUUCCUUUUUUGAGCACUAUCCAUCCGUUUAGCAGGAAGCAUAUCCACGGCUGCACAAUUAUGGAAUUAAGGACAUUAUCGUGCAUGACUCAGCUCUUUCAGUAUCUUGCUUGAUGCCUCAAAUAAAGUUCUAUCUUGGGAAAAUGAA